CGGUGCUAGCGACACGGGAGUGGCUAACGCAUCCUCUUGCCGUUCCCGGUGUUUGGGCCUUGCCUGUGACGGUGGGAAAAGAAAAUGGCCUUGCUGUGCUACAACCGGGGCUGCGGUCAGCGCUUCGAUCCUGAGACCAAUUCCGACGAUGCUUGCACAUACCACCCAGGUGUUCCGGUCUUUCACGAUGCAUUAAAGGGUUGGUCUUGCUGUAAGAGAAGAACAACUGAUUUUUCUGAUUUCUUAAGCAUUGUAGGCUGUACAAAAGGUAGACAUAAUAGUGAGAAGCCACCUGAGCCAGUCAAACCUGAAGUCAAGACUACUGAGAAGAAGGAGCUAUCUGAAUUAAAACCCAAAUUUCAGGAACACAUCAUUCAAGCCCCUAAGCCAGUAGAAGCAAUAAAAAGACCAAGCCCAGAUGAACCAAUGACAAAUUUGGAAUUAAAAAUAUCUGCCUCCCUAAAACAAGCACUUGAUAAACUUAAACUGUCAUCAGGGAAUGAAGAAAAUAAGAAAGAAGAAGACAAUGAUGAAAUUAAGAUUGGGACCUCAUGUAAGAAUGGAGGGUGUUCAAAGACAUACCAGGGUCUAGAGAGUCUAGAAGAAGUCUGUGUAUAUCAUUCUGGAGUACCUAUUUUCCAUGAGGGGAUGAAAUACUGGAGCUGUUGUAGAAGAAAAACUUCUGAUUUUAAUACAUUCUUAGCCCAAGAGGGCUGUACAAAAGGGAAACACAUGUGGACUAAAAAAGAUGCUGGGAAAAAAGUUGUUCCAUGUAGACAUGACUGGCAUCAGACUGGAGGUGAAGUUACCAUUUCAGUAUAUGCUAAAAACUCACUUCCAGAACUUAGCCGAGUAGAAGCAAAUAGCACAUUGUUAAAUGUGCAUAUUGUAUUUGAAGGAGAGAAGGAAUUUGAUCAAAAUGUGAAAUUAUGGGGUGUGAUUGAUGUAAAGCGAAGUUAUGUAACUAUGACUGCAACAAAGAUUGAAAUCACUAUGAGAAAAGCUGAACCGAUGCAGUGGGCAAGCCUUGAACUGCCUGCAGCUAAAAAGCAGGAAAAACAGAAAGAUGACACAACAGAUUGAGUGGGAGAUGGAAGGAAGGCUAUUACAUUAUUUCAGAAUUUUUAAUACUGUGUGAAGUGGUGGCUUGCUGCUGUAAUCUUUUGUUUUGUUGUUGUGUGACUGAAUGUGGCAUUUCAGGGUUAACAUUAGGUUCUUAAAAGCCAAAGUCAGUCUGUCUUUUUGUGCCUCUCAUCUUUCUUUUGUGUUAUGUAAGAUUGAUUAUUCAUUUCUCCCUACUGGUAGGAACCAUAGUUGUGUCCUAUACUUGAAGAGGCUGGAAAGUAGCCCAUAACCAUAAUUGCAGUAUUUCUUUGUAUUUCUCUGUUAAGCAAAGAAAUAUUAAGGAACUUUUUUUUAUGUUUUUGUAUUAUUCCAUAAUUAGUAAAGCAAGAUGAAAUGUCAAAUUUUAAUCAGUUUUUUCAUGGAUUUGUGUUCUUACAGUACUUGAAAAUAUUUAAGGAAGAGAUGAAGCUCUGCAGUUUUUUCUAUGUGGGAUGAUUACUUUUUUAAGGAGGAUUAAUUAUGAGGUAGUAUAGUAACUAAAGGGGAAUAUAUGAAUUGUUUAACAAAUUAGAAUUUGUUUACAACUACUUGAAUUUUUAAAUUAUGUCAAAACUUACAUUACUUGCCAAGCAGUAUGAUGUAAGAGUAUAGGAAACAUAAAUAAGAUUACAGAGGUAUCAAUUUGGUUAAAAUUCACCAUUUUGUAAGACUAAGCAAUAAUCUUAACAACCUCUUUCCUGAAUAUUUAAAUGUGUUUGUAUGGUGUUAUGACUAAUUGUUACUGAUUUAGAGACUAAGCCCUCUUAAAACCUUUAGUUAAAUAUAAAAAGAAAUUAUAUAUAUCUUGCCUCCCUGAUGGAAAACUAUAUAAAAUUGUAGACUUAAAAGGUUUGUGGAAAUACAUUAGGAUAUCAGAAAACUAAAUAUAUGGAGUUGCUUUAUGACUAUUACAUGUUAAAUAAAAUAGCUUAAUUGUUUUGGA